AUGAGUCAUUGGGCACUCCUAAUGAGCGAAUAUGAUGUGAAAUUGGUGACACCUACCGCCAUUAAGAGCCAAGCUUUGGCUGACCUCUUGUCAAUUUGUCUCGAAAAAGCAACGAUUGAAGAGUUGCCGGAUCAGAUUCCAGGAACAAUAGAGACUAUUCAUGCUUGCAAUGAAGAGAAAACAUGGACCCUCAUGUUUGAUGGAACAUCCUCGAAUCCUCAAGGAGGGGCAGGAGUUGUCCUUAUAGACUCCCAUGGAAGAAAUCUGUCCUUCAUGUUUCGAUUAAAUUUUUCUUGCACCAACAAUGAGGCGGAGUAUAAAGCACUAAUGCUCGGUCUAAAUAUGGCUCAAGAAGUUGGUAUCAAAAAACUCCAUGUCAAAAGAGACUCCAACCUAAUAAUACAACAGAUCCAAGGAGGAUACAGCGCGAAGGAAAGAGGUCUGGCCUUAUGCAGAAAACAAGUGUGGUGCAUGAUGAAGGUAUUUGAUAAGAUCUCAUUUGAGCAUGUACCCCGAACAGAAAACAAGCAUGCGGAUGCUUUAGCAACAUUGGAGAGUAGAGUUACUAUUCAAAAUGGACAACAUGCUUUGGAACACCGAGUAGCUGAAAGUCCUGCCAGAGAAGAAAGGAUGUCUGUGGAAGAAAAAACCAAUGAUUGGCGAACGCCUAUAUAUGAACAGCUCAGAACGCUCAACAUCACCAAAGAAACAAGAGGAUUUUGCCUCCUCAAUGGGCAAAUGUUCAAAAAGAUCAAUGAUGGACUCCUCAUGAAAUGUGUAGGAGAAGAGGAAGGGAAAGAAAAAACAGAACAAUUGCAUGGAGCCACUUGCGGAGAAGAGGGCCCUGAAUACCUCGAUGCUGGAGUUUUACCUUCAGAAAAAAUAGAAGCUAAGAUAUUGAAGAAGAGAUCAGAACGCUACUUCUUGCAGAAAGAAAGCUUCACCAAGUGGGUGAAGGCUAUAGCUGUCAGGGAAGCAAAUGCUGAAGCAGUCGUAAGAUUGAUCAAAGAAAAUAUAAUAUGCAGGUUCGGGCUGCCAAGUGUUCUAGUGUCCGACAAUGGAACCCACUUUGUUAACCAAAGAGUGUGGUGUGUUCUUAAACAGUACGAGAUCAAACAUCACAAGUCUUUCCCCUACUACCCGCAAGGCAAUGGCCAGGCAGAGGCUACUAACAAGAGCCUUUUGAAAAUACUCACAAAGAUGGUGACCGACGCCCAAAAGGAUUGGAGUGAAUACCUACCACUUGCUCUUUGGACUUACAGAACAACCAGACAUGGAACAACUGGAGUAACACCCUUCUCGUUGGUUUAUGGGGUUGAAGCUGUACUGCCAGCAGAGAUUGAAGCCAGGAUGUUGUUAGGUGAAGCAAGGGAUCGUGAAGCUGAGUUGCAAUAG